AUGAAUCCUCCAAGGUGGAAGCACAUCCCAACCCCCCACACACCCUCUGAGCCCACUCAAUUCCUCCUGUUUUACAAAUACCAGCACAGGAGUUUCCCCCCUGCACAUCCUGCUGCUGCUGGCUCCACAGCUUGGAACAGGCAGCCUCUUCCAGGAGCUGCAUCUCCUGAUGGAUGGGAGCGUUGUGCAAGGUGGGGAGAGCAUCACCAGCCGUGGGCUGGCAGCUGUGUGAGACACCAGGGUGUCACCUCGCAGGAGAAAGUCACAGGCAGCAGCAGUGGUGGCUCUCUGACCUGGGGACAGGCGCCUGAACUCCCCUGGCAGGACCAGAGAGUUAAAAAAGGGGUGUUUGAAGGUAAUUUUGGUGCUUCAUCAGAAAUUUGGGACCCUCACCUGCCAGCGAGCAGCAUGGACAGCAGUGACACCAUUACUGAAGAGGUCUGCAGGGAGGACGACGUUGGGGAUGGACAGCUCCUGGAGGUGAUGGUGGCCGGAUACCCGGUGCUGCUGGUGAGGAACAGGAGGGAAUUCCGAGCUCUAGGCAGCAAAUGUCCCCACUACGGUGCCCCGCUGAGCAAAGGCGUUUUGAGAGGGGAGAGGCUGCGCUGCCCCUGGCAUGGGGCCUGCUUUGACAUCAGGACUGGGGACAUUGAGGAAUACCCUGCUCUGGACUGUAUCCCCUGCUUUAAGGUAACGGUGGAAGAUGGAAAGGUGUUCAUUACAGCAAAAAAGAAGGACCUGGAAAGCAGCCAGAGGGUGAAGGACACAAGCAGGAGGUGCCUCCUCAACAAGAACACGAUGCUGCUGCUGGGGGGAGGUGUGGCUGCCCUGGUGUGUGCAGAGACUCUUCGCCAGGAGGGGUUCACGGGCAGGAUCAUCAUGGCCACCAAGGAGAAGCACGUUCCCUAUGACAAGUCCAAGCUGAGCAAGGAAAUGAACUUGAAAGCUGAGGAUAUCUACCUGAGGAAGCCUGAAUUCCUUGAGGCUCGGGGCAUAGAGCUCUGGACAGAGAAAGAGGCAGUGUCUGUGGAUUUCCAGAAGCAGAAGGUUCAUUUCAUGGAUGGCUCCUCUCAGAAGUACCACCAGCUGCUCAUUGCAACAGGCAGCCACUCUGGUUUCCUCAAAGUCCCAGGUGCAGACCUGCAGAACAUCUGCACGCUCCAAACCCCAGAAGAGUCCAGCAAGAUCUUGGAGCUGGCAACUGGGAAGAAUCUGGUGGUUGUGGGAGCUUCAUUCAUAGGAAUGGAGGUGGCUGCCUUCCUCUCAGACAAGGCUGGAACCAUCUCAGUGGUGGAGAGAGAGGAGUUCCCUUUCCAGCACGCCCUGGGUCCUCAGGUUGGAGGUGUUACCAUGAAGAUGCUGCAAAAUAAAGGGGUGAAGUUCCACAUGAAAACAGAGCUGUGUGAGCUGAAAGGAAAAGAUGGAAAGGUCACAGAGGCUGUCCUUGCCAACGGAGAGAAGCUCCCUGCAGAUGUGGUAGUGGUGGGAAUAGGCUCAACCCCCAGCUCAGCCUUCCUGAAGGGCACCUCCAUUGCCAGAGAUGCCAAAGGUGCCAUCCUGGUGAAUCUGCACAUGCAAACCAACAUCCCCAAGGUCUUCGCUGCGGGGGACGUGGUGACCUUCCCAGUGGCACUGCUGGGUGGGGACAGGGCCAGCAUCCACCACCAGCAAGUGGCUGAGGCCCAUGGUCGCUGUGCUGCCCUGAACAUGCUGGGCAGAGGGGAGGAGCUGCACACUGUUCCUUACUUCUGGAGCACCUUGCUUGGGAAAAGCAUCCGCUAUGCAGGCUGUGGGAAGGGAUACACGGACACUGUGGUGAAGGGCAGCCUGGAGCAGCAGAAAUUCCUCAUCUUUUACAUCAGGGAUGGCCAUGUGACUGCAGCUGCCAGCCUGAACUGCGACCCCAUGGUGUCCCUGAUUGCAGAAGUGCUGUACUUGGGGAAACAAAUCUCCAAAGAAGAAGCAGAGGCCUGUGACAUUGGCAGCGUCCCCUCGCUGGCACAAAGCUAA